AUGUCCGCACAAAGAAGGCGCUCGGUGAUCGACGAGCUCGACAGGACCCGCCAAGAACACCCACACCCACCAACAUCCGACAACGCACCCCUCUCCAGAGUCGCCUCCAAGGAUGUCACCGACGAAAUCCUCGAACAGUCCGAAGCCGUCCACAUUCCCAACAAUAACAACAACAACAACAACAACAACAACAACAACAACAACAACAACAACAACAACAACAACAACAACAACAACAACAACAGCAACAACAGCAAUAACAGCGUUACCGGUACUGACAAGAGCCAGAAGGACAGAAUGGUCGGACUCAGUACAACGGCAACUCAACCAAGCUCCACCUGGCAACCCCUCGCCAGCAAGUCUUCAAACCAACUCCCUUCUUCAGCUGUUCUCCCUGGUCAUGGUGGUCAAGGGUACGGAGCACAGGAUCUGCAUGAUAAGCCGUCGGUGUUGCCGGAUAUCUUGCCCGGGUUUAAGGAUCGGAUGGCGGAUAUUCAUCAUGCUACUCUUAAAAGUGUCUCUGAUGUCACCUCUUCCUCUUCGGCUCAUGGAUCGUCAGCAGGUGCUGGAGGAGAGGAAGGAGGAAAGUGGAUGGGAGGUACGAUGUUCCCGACUAUGACGCCAUCCUCUGGUGGCGGUGGCGGUGGGUUCAAGAGCCCAGUCAGUUCUGGAUCAGUUUCACAGCAGAGACAUGGAUCGGCAGAAGAGGAAGAGAACCGCAAGAUUGCACGGAGCUCGAUCCUUUAUGAGUCUGCGGAUCUGGAAGAAUCCACUCCCAGUCUCACCGACGACGAUCAUAACAAUCACUCAUCUGCCGCUGCUACCACAUACGACCCGAUCGGAGGAACAUCAACAUCGAGUACAUUGGUCCAGGGAGGUCAAGGCGGCCGCAGAUGGUCGCACGAGCUGUCGCCCGAAAAGGCCGGUCUUGUAGGGUCAGUUCUUUCUGUUGCUGGGUUGGUUAAAGAUGUUGUUCUCGACAAGAUCCAGCAGCGGCCUCCUACUUCCUCUUCUUCGACGGCAGCGAGAACUCAGUAUCAUCCCUUAACGGCGGAUGAGAAGAAGCAAGUUGGGGCCGGUGCUGCGUUUGGCGGGUCGGAAGAGUCGGGCGAUCAGUCUAUCCUCCUUGACGGAUUGUUGAAUCAUCACCAGCAGCAUGAAGCAGAACGCGCCGCUGCCGCUGCUGCCGCCGCCGCCGCCGCCUCGACCACUACUGGAGAUGCAGACGCAGGAGAAGGUGCGGAGGAGUUGUUGAAGGCCGCGCCGAGUGCUGGUAAGGAGCACCAGAAAUCAAUCUUCCAUCUGGCGGCGAAUCCCGAGACCAUGAAGAGUCUGUUGUUGGACCAUCCCGAGUCUUUGGGCUACCAUGCUGCUACUGGUGCCGGUGCGAAGGAUCAUCAGUCGAUUGGGGACUCGUCUUUGGCGGCUUUGGGCGCUCAGCAUCAGCGGUCUGCUGGUGGACAGGAUCUUUCCAAGACCAGUCGUUAA